CUUCAAACCAUCAACCAUCAUCCCAUUCUCAUUUCAAGAACACAAUGGCAUCAAACUCCAUCUCUUGGAGCGCUAAGCAGAACAAGUUAUUUGAAACAGCACUCGCUAUUUAUGAUCGAGACACCCCUGACCGCUGGCAGAAGAUUGCGACGGCCGUGGGUGGCAAGUCUGCCGAAGAAGUCAAGAAGCAUUACGACUUGCUUGUCGAAGACCUUAGGCAUAUAGAGUCUGGUUAUGUUCCUUCACCCAACUACAGACAUUGAUCUAUGUACUCUUAUCUUAUGUUCCAGAUCAUUCAAAAUAAUUUUAUUGGAUUAUGUCUUUCGACGUGCCUUGUAUGAUCAAAUUUAUCGGUAUAUUGGUUUGGAACAGAAGUUUUACUUGGCGUAUAUAUUGUAAUAAAUUCGGUUAUGAUAUUGUUUUUUUGUUUUU